AUGGCUGACCAAUAUGGUGUCGUAGGAGCGCAGCAGAUUUCAAACAAUCGGGUUUCUCAGCUUAGGGGAGCACAAAUGGAUCGCCAUGAGCUUGGCCAGGUUGUUCUGCGUCUGCAAGCUCAGUAUAUUCGUUCAGCCAUUGCAACAGAAAUCGAGGAGUUUGAGAAGUACUUCGAAGAGGUCCUGCAAAUCGCCAGCGUCUUUCUGGUUACUACGGAAAGAGUCGCUCAUUCUCCCUCCUUGGUAAUUGUCGAUCAACCAUCGGUGGUCAAGACGGUUUGCCAUUUUCUUGCGUCUUCAAACACCAUUCUCGAGUUUCUUGAUUUCCAAGAGGAGAUGACUGGACUUGCUUCUGGAGGAGAUGUGUCCCUAGAGACCCAAGUCAAAGAAGCUCAGACCUUGGUGAAGGAGCUCCUCAACACUCUCCUACUUCACAAAAAAGCCGAAACGUACCCAGGCAAGGAGUGCGGGCUCGUUUAUGACGAGGAUGUCAAGGUUUAUGGCGGAUUCAUUCUCCACAAGUACGGCCAUGCUGAUGAGAGCUAUGUCCCCGACCCGACAGACGACAACGAGGACGUGAGCAAGUUGAUUCAGUACUGGCACACGGAGAAUUUGGUUCACCCGCUGAGACAUGUUCCGGGUAAUCCAUGGCACAAGUUCUUUGGCAACGUCAAACCCGGGCCAAUAGCCGCUCCGGCAUUGUUCAGGGAGAGGAAGCGACAACCAUCUUUCAAAGUGGUUCUUCCGACCACCAUCACUUGGGUGAAGCCGGAGAUCAUGCAAGAUUACAACAAAUAUCGUGAGAUGUUUGAGACACCUGUUGACACUCAUCAGUACCGUCGGAUCCCUGGUCCCCGUCUCCCGGAAUUCAUCAGAGAAGUAGGCACUUUUUUCCUGACCAUGGACAAAUCUGAAGAGGCCAUACUCCUGUGUCUCGAGGACAUGAGCGAGAUUCCAUGCCCAGAGUAUGACCUCCUGGGGCUUUCCAGACUUGAAGCACUUAAUGCUGAAAUUAAUGCUCCGGAAUUGGCGGGAAUUGCCUUGUUGGGUGCUGAUGUCCCGGAUGUUCCGAUUUUCCUGGAAGGUGAACCUCGCAUUUACCACCUCGAGUUUGACGGCGAAUGGCUUUGA